AUGCCAAUGACACGGCUGGAUGCUCUGCGAGUCUCGGCCUUACGUGCUUCUUGGCGGCAAUACAAAGUGGUUCCUGAAUCUGUAAAUGUUUCUGAUGCAGCAAUGGAAACGCUACAACGCACAUUCAACGAUGCUAUUGAUAACAUGAUCCCCAAAAUGCCUAAUCUUGCUGACAUGUCUGACCAAUUGAACGAUCUACAAUUACACGAAACACGUAAGGCCAAGACUAACAGAGCAUCCAGCCGUGUCACUGCUUAG